AUGACAAAUGAUACGCUCGAUUUCCCGAAGUUGCAAUCGAUUCACCAAUCACAGCAAAUCCCAAACCCAACUCCAAAAAUGUUCAAAUUCGUUGCCUUCUUCGCCUGCCUGGCCGUGGCCGCCGCUGCUCCUGGUCUAAUUGCCGAGACCCACUCCAUCGUCCAGCCCGCCAUUCUGACCAAGACCGCCUACGUGGAUACCAGCGCCUCCUCGGCCAUCACCCACCAGAGCAACGUCAACCUGGUCCGCAAGGUUCCCCUGGCCUACUCCGCCCCCGUGGUUCAUUCCGUGAUUCCCGCCGCUCCUCUGGUCAAGACCGUCAUCCCCGCUGCUCCUCUGGUCAAGACUGUGGUGGCUGCCCCAGCUCCCCUUGUGGUGCCCGCUGCUCCCCUGAUCAAGACUGUGGUGGCUGCCCCUGCUCCUCUCGUCCUGCCAGCCGCUCCCCUCGUCAAGACUGUGAUCCCCGCCGCCCAUGUGGUCAGCGCCCCCGUGGUCUACUCCGCCUACCACAAGUGAAUCGAUUGAAAGCAUGUUGAUAAUUUGAAUAUUGGUUAAAAGUCUAAAAAAUCACUCAUUAAAGAUAAACGUUAACUAA